AUGCGUGUCUCGACUGCGCUCCUAUCGUUAGCGGCGCUACCGGGGCUGGCACGCGCUGCCUUCCACUCCAACGACACCGCCUGCACACGCCACUACACUGUCGAGGCUGGCGACACAUGCGACAGGAUCGGUCAAAAGACGCUCACAUCCACCUACCAGAUCCUUGCGUUCAACCUGCUCAACGCCGGCGCUGACUGCUACACGCUCGAGAUCGGCUCCCAACUCUGCCUCGGCCGCUACGGAAACGACUGCCAGUUCGUUCACAGAUGCUCCAACUCCGACACGUGCGAGAGCAUCGCGAACGACUACGGCAUCUCGACGCACCGUCUGCAGGACAACAACCCCAGCCUCGACUGCAACAUUGUCUACGAGGGCCUCAUGCUCUGCGUCAGUGCCGGAAGCAUCCGCCCGCCCGCCGACCACAGCAUCAACUCGACCGAUGUCAAGGUCGCGCGCGAAGUGGCGAGACAAGCCUGGAUCGUCCAAGAGCAGCAGAAGCACAAUGCAAAACAGGCCGAGCACAAGUCCGCAUCCGCCCAUUCGGCAUCCAAGAAGAGCCCUUCGCAGUCCAAGCAGCGUGGCAAGCAGCAUCACAAGCAGGCCGAUGCCAAGCAGCAUGGCAAGCAGCAUCACGAACAAGUCGAUGCCAAGCACCGCCACCAUCAGCAUCACAAGGGCGACAAGCCAAAACAAGCGCCGGACGCGCGUCAGCACGCCGCCAAGCCAGCGCCCCACGAUUCCAAGCGCGGAGACCAGGCGCACGCUUCCGCGGCGCAAGAUGACGAACAUCACGGCACGCACGAUGGCAAGUCAACACCACGGGCCGCCUCGAUGGACGCGCUCGAAGAGAUCGCCGAAGACUUCACGGCAGCCGCUCUGGCCGGCUCGAAUCAUACCCCGCACAGCACCGAGCACCACACUCUGCCGCCACUGGAUGGCGCCACCCACUCGGCGCACAAACGCCAUCGCUCGCUCUCUUCCCGCUCUCACCACCAGAGCACACAUACCCACUGA